AGCCUGAAAUUUAAUCAACCGAAAGAUUCGCUUCUUUCGACUCAACAGAAACAUCAUUUUGGCAUCCAAACCGGGAACGUCGGAUAAAUACAAAAAUGGCGACUGGACCUGCAGUAAGUUCAGCUCUAGAGAAGAUCAGCAGACAUCAUCUUGAGUGCAGCAUAUGUCAAGAGAGAUACCAACAGCCCAAGAUACUGGAAUGCCUGCAUAGCUUUUGUGAGCAAUGUCUGCUGAAAUAUCGUAGCACGAAGCACCAGGACUCUACGGUGAUCCCAUGCCCUGUGUGUCGGCAGGAGACAAAGCUUCCUGAAGUUGGGGUGCAGGGUCUGAAAACAAACUUUCAUCUGAUUGGUCUGGUUGAGGAGUUUGAACUGCAGGAAAAGUUGGUGUGUUCGGGUGGCACAAAGCUGCUCUGUGAGACGUGUGAUGAUGGCAAUGAGUGCUGA